AAAAGAAGAGGCUUUUACGUAUAUGAGGCGUGGACUUUUUUGCCUUCACUAAAACUUGCUUUAGAAUUCAGAUCCGCAGCACCAAAAGGCAAGGGAGCUUACCAUUUCUGAAUCCAAACAAGGGAAAAGCUUUUUCAGUUUUGCUUCCACGUUUUAAAUGGCUGAUGAUGAGAAUCAAGAGCAGAAGCCGUCGAAACCACUGGCGCCGUCUAAACGGCCGGUGAUUACUCCCCCGCCACGGCCUUUCACGGAGGCUUUCUUCAACGGCGGGGCAGGCUUCAUGGGCUUCAGUCCAGGUCCCAUGACGCUCGUUUCUAACUACUUCUCCGGCACCGACGAUUUCAAGUCCUUUUCUCAGCUGCUUGCUGGUGCCAUGGCGUCGCCGGCAGCAGCCACCUCUCAAAGACAGAACUUCGCUCUUCCUACUUCGGCCGAAGAUCAGGUCGAUGUUAACCACGCUGAAGGUGGAGCUGACGCCGGAUUGCGGUUCAAGCAGAAUAAGCCGGCCGGUUUGGUGAUAACGCAACCACAACCGUUUUAUGCGAUGCCGCAAGGGUUGCUGAGCCCUGCCAGCUUAUUGGAAUCUCCUGGAUUUAGUGUAUUUUCUCCUGGUGCUCAGGGACCUUUUGGAAUGACACACCAGCAGGCUUUAGCACAGGUCACUGCCCAGGCUGCACAAGCUCAUUCACAUUUGCAAAUCCUUGCCGAAUCUUCAUCAACACCUCCAUCAUCUUUGGCACUAGUUUCUUCUUUUACUGCCAAUACGGAUCAGGAGGUGUCAACCUCGUUGCAGGACUCUAGUGUUACAACGAAGCAACCAUCAGACAUAUCUCAGUCUGAUAAGAGAUCCCAACCUGCUUCGCUUAUCAUCGAUAAGCCUGCCGAUGAUGGGUACAACUGGCGAAAGUAUGGUCAGAAACAGGUAAAAGGCAGUGAGUUUCCGAGAAGUUAUUAUAAGUGCACGCAUCCUGGUUGUCCCGUCAAGAAGAAGGUUGAGAGUUCAGUCGAUGGCCAGGUCACUGAAAUCAUCUACAAAGGGCAGCACAACCAUCAGCCUCCUCAGUUGAAUAAGCGUGCAAAAGGUAGUGGAAGCUUAAGCGGAACUUCAAAUAAUAAGGGAAAUUCUGAAUCAACUUCCCAACUUCAGAGUGGCAACUUGAGCAUAAUCCAAGUAGGGACAUCCGGUUAUUCAAUGUCCAAGAAGGACCAGGAGUCUAGCCUAGCUACAGCUGAACGUAUUUCCAGGACAAGUGAUAGUGAUGCAGUUGAUAAUGAAACCGGUGCUGAUGAAAAAGACGAAGAUGAACCUGACAGCAAAAGAAAAAAUGCAGAAACUAGAGUUUCAGACCCAUCUUCCUCGCAGAGGACUGUCACAGAACCUAGAAUUAUAUUGCAGACGAGAAGCGAAGUUGACCUAUUGGAUGAUGGCUAUAGGUGGCGCAAGUAUGGUCAGAAAGUCGUCAAAGGCAAUCCUUAUCCAAGGAGCUACUAUAAAUGUACAACACCGGGAUGCAAUGUCCGUAAGCACGUCGAGAGGGCUUCAACCGACCCCAAGGCUGUUAUAACAACUUACGAGGGAAAACAUAAUCACGAUGUACCAGCUGCCAAAACUAGCAACCACAGCACGGCUAACACUGAUACAUCAAAAGGAAGAACACAGAAUAUAGCAACGGACAACCGUGGUAUAAAUAACAGUGCGAACAACAGAAAACAACCAGUAGCACGAUUGCGGUUAAAAGAAGAGCAUGUAACAUAGUAUCUCUGAAUUGCAAGAAUGAAAGAAAAAAAACAUGGAAAUGUUGCCAUAUUUCAGGCAAAUUCACUCAAAGGGCAGAUGAUAUGUAAUAUUCAAGAGAACAGGCGACAACAUAAGAUUGAAUUAGGGUUCCGUGUUGUAUGCAAACUAGUUUAGUGGGCAUAUAUAUAUAUAUAUACUGUAAUUUAAUUCUCUUAUUCCAUGCAUUCUUUUGUACAUGGAUCAUAUCUUGUUUCAUAUGAUUUGUCGGACACCAAUAUGUUUGAAUCUCAUGAAUUUCUUAGAUUA